AUGAAGUUCACAGACCCGCAACCAAUAAAGCAACCCCUGGAGCAAAGGGACAAAAGCAAAUAUUGCGCUUAUCAUCGAGAUUAUGGGCAUUCAACCAAUGAUUGCAGAUCCCUUAGGCGACAGGUGGAAAAUAUGAUAGCCAGAGGUGAGUUGGCGGACUACCUCAUGAUAAAGGAGUAUGUAAAGCCCCGCGAGGUCUAUCCUCGCAAGGUAGAAGGUACGCAAGUAAAGGUCAUUCAUGCGAUACAUGGCAGGUCUGAAGAUGAUCAAGAGUCCGAGGGGGUAUACAGAUCCAGAUUGAGGGCAGCCCAUAAGCUCAGGAAGAUAUCCUCGGUCAAUGCUAUCGCUUCGGGUAGCAUCAGUAUUGGAUUUGGAGAUGGUGACCUAUCCAGAGUUCAACUCCCCCAUGAGAAUCUAUUGGUCAUCAGUCUUUUAGUGGCCAAUUGUAUGAUCAAGAGGGUUUUGAUAGACCCAGGAAGUAGUGCCAACAUUAUCACAAAGACGGUCUUUGAGCAGCUAGAGAUCUCGUCAUUAUCUAUUCGACCUACCUCUAGCCCAUUGAUGGGAUUCGAUGGCACAAGAGUAGAUCCCCUUGGAGUAAUAGACUUAUCCGUAACUGCGGCAAAGAUGACUCUGAAGGAGAACUUUGUUUUAACAGAGAUCCAUCCUUCUUAUAAUCUCAUCAUGGGGAGAGGUUGGAUACACCGAAUGAGAGGAGUUCCGUCCACCCUUCACCAAGUGAUGCGGUGCUUGGCUCCAGACGGAAAAGAAGUGAUUAAUCUAUGGGGGGAUCAAGUCGCUGCGAAGGAAAGCUAUAUGUUGACACACGCUGAAGCAAAGAAGCAAUCACAGAGCCCUCUGCCCAAGUAUGUUAAGGUAGAGGAGGAAGAGGAAAUUGUGAAGCCUACAGAGGAGACCCUUGAAGCCGUGGAAGUUAUCCUCGGCGACCCUCAGAAGGUCACUUAUUUAGGCUCUUCCUCCACAUCCGAAGAAAAUGAAGCAUUAAUUGAUGUCAUUCGGAGCAAUGCAGAUGCUUUCGCAUGGGAUCAUUCGGACAUGGUAGGAAUCGAUCCUUCAGUCUCCUGCCAUAGCCUGAAGGUGGAUCCGGAGUUCAAACAGGUUAAGUAG